UCGUACAGCGAAACGUCGACGGCGUCGCUGUGGGUCCGCGGCGUGCUGGACUCGGUGGCGGGCGGCAUCUUGGUCUACACGGGGAUCGUCGAGCUGCUCACGUACCAGUACACGAUCAACAGCGAGUUUCACAGCAAGUCGGGGGGUACGCGAUCGCUCAACUACAUGUGCUUGUGGCUCGGUGCGGCCGCCAUGGCCAUUGUCGGCAAAUGGGCGUAA